GAGGGCAUGCUUUAUUGUGAUCAGCAUACAGGCAGCAACCAGCUCGCAAACAAAAUGGUGCUUUUAGCUGCCAUUUCUUUCAGGAACUCAAAUAAAAUGGAGCUAGAAGGAGACCUCCCACAAUGACCUCCGGCAUGUCAAUGAGAAGCUUCUCUAUGAGUCGCCAGCCCUCCUUUUCCAGUCGCUCCCUGAUGGACACCGGCCGCUCUCGCUCCCGCGCUUCGGUGUCUUUCACUGCAAGCAGCUCUCUGAAUCGUUCGGCCUCCAUCAACCAGGAUCUCAACGGGCCAACAAGCCUGCAAAUUAAUGGCCUUCACGACAACAACGUCAACGAUAAGGAAGCCAUGAAGAGCCUGAACAACCGUCUGGCCAGCUACCUGGACAAGGUGCAUUCCCUGGAGCGCGCCAACGCAGACCUGGAGGACAAGAUCAAGCUGAUUAUGGUCCACCGCAUUCCCAAAGGUCAUGACCAUGAUUCCAUGAUGGUCCAAGCUCAUGCCGUUGAGGAAGAGUUGAGGAACAGGACCUUGGAAAAUGCUCGUCUCAUGUUAGAGAUCGACAACGCUAAACUGGCUGCUGAUGACUUCAGAGUCAAGUGGGAGACAGAACUGGUGAUGUCUCAGUCUGUGGAGCGAGACUGUCUUGCUCUGAAGAAGGCCAAGACCGACCACGAGCUGAUCAUAGCCUCCCUGAAAGUAGAUCUGGACACCCUGACAGAAGAACUGUUCUUCCUUAAGAAAAACUACGACGAGGAACUGGAGCAGAUGAGGUCUCGCAUUGCCAAAGAUGAGGUGACUGUGGAGGUGGACUCGGCCAAAGGGCCAGAGCUGGGCACCAUCCUGUCCGACCUGCGUUCCCAGUAUGAGGGGAUUGUCAAGCAGAACAGGGAACAAACAGAGCAGUGGUACUGCAAGAAGCUGGAGACGGUGCAGACUACCGUGAAGGAGAACACCGAUGCUCUGAGAAGUGUUCAGAAUGAGCUGGUCGAGAGGCAGCGCUCCCUGCAGAACCUGGAAAUGGAGCUGGAGGGUCUGCAGAAACAGGUAGGGGCACUGGACAGUAACUUGACUGAGACGGGCCAUAAAUACGCCUCUGAGAUGGAGCUGCUGCAGCUCACCCUGAACCAGCUGGAGGACGAUCUCUCGGAGCUCAGGCUGGACAUGCAGCGCACCAAGAACGACUACGAGCAGCUCCUCCGCAUCAAGCAGAACCUGGAGAUGGAGAUCGCCACUUACAGGAGCCUGUUGGAGGGAGAGGAGGAAGUCAAGGAAGUUCCUCCUCCACCAAAAAAGCCGGACAUUCGCACCAGGAAGAUUGUGAAGGUGAUAACUCAGACGGUGAUCGACGGCAAGGUGGUGGAAGAAUCCCACGAGGAGGAGCAUAUCGAGGAGAAGAUGAAAUAAAAAGAGGUGGCAGAAAAUGACACAGAGCUGGACAUCAUUUAUCCUUGCAAAUAUUGUUUUGAUUCGAGGACUUUUGGGGGGAAUUGGUUGACUAUGAUUGGUUUGUGUUUUCAGAGAAGUGCUUCCCCACAGAUGACUCAUCAGUGAUGCUUUGAUCAAAUGUUUGUUUCUGGAGUAAAUAAAACAGACAGUGUAUAUGUCCAGCACUGCUGUAGCUUUGCAUGCUUAUAUCCAUUUAUAAUAGGGUUUCUUCAUACUGUCUUACUAAUAAAAUGCUGUUAAACAAGAUAUUUAUUACUUAGUGGGGUAAAGUUCAUUUUAUUGAAUCUGUUGCACACUUUUUCACGUUUUACAAGACUAUUGUUCAAUUGUUUUUCCUGUUUUUGUGUUGCGUGCUCUGGCUAAAUAAAGCUUCUAUAAUCAA